UUAUCUACACAGCCUGGGAACGUUACAAAAUUUGCCUGAGUCACAGCUGGGAUGGAGGUCAAUAAAACGGAGGUGGCAACACACCCCUCCACUAAUCAGUUUGCAGAUUUCUUCACUCCUCAAACAGCCUCAAUUUUGGGUGGGGACAUUGUCUUCCUCACUUCUAAGGAGGGGAAAGGGUCACACUGAGGAGGGCUGGGGUUGGAAGGCCAGCAGAGGAGGGUUAAGGGCUAGGGCCGUUUCUUUCUCUGGUUCAGGCCGGGAGCACAAGAGCCUGGUGUUCCUGGAGAGAUGAGGGGAGGGAGGGAGACUCGGGCGCUCCACAGAUUCAAAGGCUGUUCUGGGAAGGACACAGAAAGAACGAAGAGUCUCUGUGAAGCCAACCAGAAGUUAGGAAUUCGCCCUUCUGCAAACCCAGCGCAGACUGGUCUCGGUGAUCCUGGGCUUCUCUGUCUGUGGACCAUGGAGCCGUGUCUGCGCUCUCUCUUUUUGUUGGGGACCCUGGCCGUGCCGGAGACCUGGGCAGGCUCUCACUCCAUGAGGUAUUUCGACACCGCCAUGGCCUCGCCCGAGCUCCCGGAGCCGCGGUAUAUCUCCGUGGGCUACGUGGACGAUCAGCAGUUCGUGCGCUUCGACAGCGCCAGCAAGAGUCAGAGGGAGGAGCCGCGGGCGGCAUGGAUGGAGCGGGUGGAGCGGGAGGACCCGGACUACUGGGAGGGGGAGACGCGGAUCUCCUGGGAGAACGUCCAGAUUUCCCGAGCGGGUCUGCGGGACCUGCGGGGCUACUUCAACCAGAGCGAGGCGGGGGUCCACACCAUCCAGGCCAUGUACGGCUGCGAGGUCUCCCCCGAGCUCACUUUCAAGCGAGGGUUUUUCCAAUUGGCCUACGACGGGCGGGACUACCUGGCCCUGGACAGGGAGACCUCCACGUGGACGGCGGCGGUGCCGCAGGCUGUGAACACCAAGCGCCAGUGGGAGGCAGAGAGGGGCUACACGGAGGGGUGGAAAGCCUACCUGGAGGAGACGUGCGUGCUGUGGGUGAGGAAGUACCUGGAGAUGGGGAAGGAGACGCUGAUGAGGGCAGAACCGCCCUCCACCCGAGUGACCCGCCACACUGCCCCCCAUGGGGAGGUGACCUUGCGGUGCUGGGCCCAGGACUUCUACCCGUCGGACAUCUCCCUGACUUGGCUGAGGGAUGGGGAGGAACAGCUCCAGGACAUGGAGUUCAUUGAGACCAGGCCCGCAGGAGACGGGACCUUCCAGAAGUGGGCAGGCGUGGAGGUGACCUCGGGCCAGGAAGGGAAAUAUACCUGCCGAGUGCAGCACGAGGGACUGUCUGAGCCCCUCACCCUGAAGUGGGAGCCAGAGUCCUCCUCCACCAUGGUCAUUGUGGGGGUCAUUGUGGUCCUCAUCGUCAUCACUGCAGUCAUUGCUGGAGUUGUGAUCUGGAGGAAGAAUUCAGGUGUAAAUAGAGGGCACUAUAUUUAAGCUGCAGUUUGAGAGCAUUGCCUGGUAUGGACCUGAGGAAGAAAAUAAGUCUCCAGUCCCUGUGUUGUUCCUGUUGACCUCUGGCUUCUCUCCCCAGCACUGGCCCCUGGGAUCAUCCCUGGACUUUACUGGCCCAAGCCCAGGGAAGCAUCAUUAAGGCCCUUAUCCUGCUCUAAGACCUCCCUCCUCCACCUUUUUUCUUUCUGCCUACCUCACUUUGUAGGGAGACAACCAGCACGAAGGGCCAGAAGACUUUGGGAGUGAGACCUCCUUCACAUUUGACAUUGCACUGACCUCUGGGAGCUUUUUCUGACUGCACAAACAACCUAAUGAGUUGUUAUUCUUGAGUCUUCAGCUUUUCUCCACAAUCUACAUUUGAAUGGGGGGCUUUAGAGGACAGAAUGACAGUAUGACAUCUUCUGGUCAUAUGAAGGGGAAAAUAAAUGCAAGUUUGGAGUCUUCUAAGAA